AGCCAACGUUACGGAAAUAGAUUUCGGCUGGUGGCGAUGCAACAGCUUCUUGUAGACGACGAGCAGUGCUGAACGGUCGGAAGCAGCCAGUACCGUGACGACCAGUUCCCGAGGAAAACCGGAGAAAUCGCCUCCGCGAGGUCCCACAUGAAUAACCCGGGAGCUGAAAAAUGGCGCCCGAUGGCCAUCUCGAACCCAUCGACCCGGUUGCGCAUGGCAAGGUCCAUGCCCCACUGGGUACUGGCGCAACAGCAGAAGGAUGCGGAGCAGAAGCAGCAACGCCAACCACCGACCCCACCGAAAGUCCCACCGCCAUCGCUCUCCGGAGACUGUGGUGACCCAGACUACGAGAUCAUCGAAUUUCCGACCCGACCGCAAGCACAGAAGUCCUCGACACCGGGAAUGACGUACAAGUGCGCCCUAUGUGGCACCGAGAACGUCUUCGCCCGUUGCGAUAUUUGCAAUGGGAAUUAUUGCGAAGCCUGCGAUGACAUGAACCACAAGCACCCAAAAAGAAAAAACCACGUACGAAGAAGAAUCUUGACCGAUCUAGCGACUAAAACGCGACCACCUCUACCUCCGAAAGGAGAAAAUGUAUCAUCUCCGCCGCCAAUCCCACCGCCAAGAAGAAAUCGCAAGAGCGCUCAGGCUAAAUCGACGCAAAACCAGGGAUCUACGAAUCUCUCCUUGAUCGAAAGAGUCGACAGCUUGAAGCGAGCUCUUCCAAACACCACCAGGCCACUGUCAGCCACCCUUGACACGAAAACAGUGUCGAAAUCCAUGCAGUCUGUAAAUACUAUCACCAACGAUGGAACCGGAUCAGGAUCAGGGACUGACAAAAUGUCUACACUGCAGGAAAGGUAUAGGAAAUAUCAGGAAGCAAUGAGAGCGCAGGAUGUUAACAGAAGGAGGCAUCCUCCCUCUGAUAUCUCGAGAGAUACAUUGAAUACAAGGCCACUGAGCGUAGGCAGCCCGAAACUUACGCCUUCGGUACCACCGCCGCCGCCGCCUAGAUCUAUGAUGCAAUCGGCCAGUGUUUGCGAUUUAUCAUCGCCACACAUGUGGAGUCCAGGAAUGCAUCAGGCUCAAUCAAUGGCGCAUCUAGGUCCUGGAGGUAUUCCAAUAAUGUGGUACCCGCCGAAUCCACCAUGGGACAUGACCAUGGGUGGUUCCACGAUGAGUCUAAAUCACCCAACAAUGUGGGGUUAUCCCAUGGGAUUCCCUCCGUCACAAAUGCUUCCACCACACUAUCCGGGUUCUAUAUCAAGAUCACAUAGCCCAGCGAGGAGCGUGAAAUCCAGCAGAAGAUCGAGAGCAGUCUCGCCCUCACCAAGUCUGAAAUCUAGGAAAUCAUUAGCCAGCAGAUCACGAUCGAGAAGAUCGCAAGGAUCACCGUCUGACGCUAGUUCUGAAGACUCUGGUGAAUCAGAUUUCGACGACAGGCUCUCUAAAAGUUCUAGAGGCACCAGACGUGGAAGUGUGUCUAGGAGUACAAGGCAAAGGAGCUACCAUGAAGAUGAUGGGUCUAGAAAUUUGUUAAAUAGAAAUCGUCGCGAACGGCUAAUGUCAGAAGAAAGAAUGACCAGUACAGAGGAUCAAUGGUCCGAGAAUCACUCUAUCAAACGAUAUCCAACAUCACCAAAGAACCAUGAUGAAUUUCAAAAGAACACUCUAAAUUCACGACGACGAUACGACCAAGACGAACGCAGGCUCUCCAGGCUGGAUUCGCGAUUAGAUCGCGUUCAAAACGGCAGUUAUCGUCGUAGACGAAGCACCGACGAUGACUCUUCAGACCGAAAGUCCACGCUACAAACACGCUCUAGAGUAACCAGUUCCUCCGACGAUCACUUCGACAGAUCAGAGAUGGUUCCUCGACGAAGGGACGACGAGAUGAUUCCAAGAAGAGCUUCCUCUGUGAGAAGAGAAGUAAGUUUGGACGAUCUCGAAAGAACCUCUCGUAGAGACUCUCAAAGGCCAUCUAUAGACAGUGACACACAAAUUACCAGAAGAACUCCUUCCAGAGAAGCCUCUAGAAGAAUCCAAGAAGUAGAAAGAAUUGAUAACUCACGAUCUAUUAGGGAUGAAGACGAUGUACCACGUGCUACGAAGAAUCUACGAAGUCGUGAAGCUUCGCGUGAUAGAGAAAGUGUCUCAAGAAGAGAGUCUUCGUUGAGAAAAGAAAUGGAAGAAGCAGAGAGAAUUUCUGUUAGAAGAAUGUCGUCCCAUGAUUCUGAUAGUCAAAGCAUUAGAAAAACUCCAUCUCGUGAAUCAGUUUCUAGGAAGAUACGUGAAAAUGAGGAUCGAGACGUGACGCGAUCUGUGAAUAAGAAUCAAGAAGAAGUUCGGCGAUAUAUCGAGACAGAAGAUCGAGAAGUUAGACAAUUUAUUGAAGAAGAGAAAAGAAGGGAAGAAACUUUAGUAAAGAAGAUGGAAAAUGAAAGAAGUAAACAUUUAGAAAGAUCACCAUCGGUAAGCAAAGAAGAGAAGCAUGGAUCAACGAGUGUGGAUCAACGUAACAAGUCGCCCAAAAACGUGAAACUGAGAGAGGAAACGAGUACCACGAUGGAAAUCCCUAAAGAAGAAUGGGCAUGCGAGCAUUGUACUUUCAUUAACGAUUUAAAGGAUCGUGUCUGCGUAGUUUGUUGCAAAACGAGGAGCAGCGCGUUGCCACCAAGUAGCGAAGAAAAUCAAGAAGAUGUUCAAAGUGGUUUGAGUGAGAUUUCUAAAAAUGAAUUAGCGACUACAUCCAGCAACAUUAGCAACCCUAGUCCUGAUCUGGAAAAGAGAACCAGCCUGUUAAAGAUUUCAAACAGCGAAGAGAGCGGGGAUAGUGGUUCCACAAAGAACAAAGGUUCCGCCACGCACGAAGAUUCUCCUGCGAUAGUUCCAGAGAAAUCAAUCGUUGAAUCCUCGUCAGUGAUAAGAAACGAGCCUACAUUAAUAGCAAACGAUAUAUCAAUGACAACCAAGAGCACCGAUGCUCCAAGCAAUAUCGUUUCUUCGAAAAUAAAUGAGGAAGAACCAAUGAAACGACCAAUGCUCGAGAAAAUUCCAAAAAGUCAUUCAGUUUCCACCGGAACCUCUCCUCCUCCUCAGAACAUUUCCACUCAAACGUACGACUAUCCUCCAGCAAGAAGUAGCGCUGGAUUCGUAAGAGCUGCAUCCACCUCAAAGGGAUUAUUAUAUUAUGAAGACAGCGACGCGGAGGAUGCCGAGCGUCUGUUUCAGGAACAAACUAGAUUCGCCAAUAGUCCAGAUCUGUAUCCGCGAACGAUUCAGGAGCAGUAUCUUCAGCAGUUGAUCAGCGGUCCCAGCAGAGAUCGUACACGAAGAAAUUCCAUCGACUCCACCCACCUUUAUUACCGUUCCAGGGAAUCGAGCCAACCAAGAUUCUUCGAAGCUGGCCCAAGUUCACAGGGAAUUUCAACGUUGACACGACAAGGUUUGGAGAUCGUGGAGCUUCUACGGGAAGCCGAGAAACACGGCUAUUCCACGGAUGAUGUUCAGGUGGCCUUGUCACAGGGUGCAAGUAACCCGAUCGACUGGCUGAAGACGCAGUGGCCCCAUUUGGUGGAAACUGUACAAGUUUUAGUUACUACUCAAGGAAAAGAACUGAAGGAGAACAAUGUCGGGGUGCUUUCCGCCAUCGAGGCGAAAGAAGCCUUGAGAGCUACAAAGGGAGACGUUUGGAACGCUGUCGCCAUGGCUGUUCAACGUAGACAGCUAAAAUGCGAGGAAAUUAUGAAGAAAGGCAACUUCGCAAUGGCGGAAGUGGUGAAAUCAUUGGAAAAUAAUUCUGGUGCCGAGGACGCGGCUUUGUUCGAGCUGCAAAAGAAUCAGCUCAAGCCGUUCUUGAUGAGAAUCUGGGGUCCUCCGGUUGGGGUGGAAAACGAUGAGGCUGCACCGCGGGAAGAUACAGCAGGUGCGGUCGGUGGUGGAACGGAUGGUUCCGAACAGGUUACCAACGUGUCGGACGCUGAAGCCAGGAAGCAGGUAAUGUCACCAAUCGUAGAAAAUUUCGUCGCGUUGCAGGCCGACUUUCAAAAGCAACUGGCAGCCCUCAGACAACUGACCGAUAACUGGCAACAUGACAAAGACCCCCUGAAUACGUUCGGUAAUAAGCCUGAUAAUCUGUAUCAAGUUAACACUGACGAUCGAAUCGUUCUAAUCGAUAAAAAUCUGGUCCCAAGGGCCGUACAAGACCUCGAUGUAGCCAGCACUCUUAAAACACUGGAGAACGAGGAACCAAAACGAACCAAUCAAGGCGAUACUAAAUUAAUAAGAAUUAAUAAGACCGAUACGUCCAUUAUAACUGAAAAACAAGACCAAAAUAACAAUUCCACUGUAAAGGUAAUUAAAGAACAAGUUCAGAAUCUAUCAGAAAAUUUAUUAAACCAGAAUCAGAUCAACGUUGAAAAGAAAUUAACGAUAGAAAAUAUUUCACAUACGAAAGAAAAUAAAAAAAUUCGAUGGGACGAGUUGCAAAAAGAAAAUAUCGAUGUAACUAAACCCACAUUACCUGAGGAUAUUGAUCCAGCUGCUGUACCUAAGGACAACGACCCAAACAUCAGUAUUUCGAUAAAUUUAAUUGAGAAAGACAUGCUUAAUCAAUCAGAAAAUUUGUUAAAGGAGAGUCCGAGCGAACAAAAGAUAAAAGAGAUCUCAGUUCCUGAUACAAAAGAGGGUAGAAGUGUAGAUGAAGAAGUUAGUGUCUCGUCUUCCAGUGUAGUAGAAGAAUCAUUGUAUAAAGCAGAAGCCAAAACGAACGAUGUAACCGGGUCGAAAAAGAAUGUAAAGCAAACGGUGGGGAUGAGUUUAAAAGUAACUGAGGUAAAGGGCGAGGAAGGUGGUUCACGCGUAAAAGAAAGCGAAACGAAGUCUCAAAAGAUUUCAGAUGCCGGUCAAAGCAGCCAAGGAAUAGAUAAAGCUUCUUCGUCGCGUUCGGAGAAAAACGAAUCGCCAUCCCAAAAGCCUUCUGAUCCUCAUCAAAGAGCUGUGCAAGUAGAUAAAGGCUCUCCUUCAGUGGAGAAUGUCCCUUUGCGAUCUAACGUAUCGGAUCACGGUUUACCCGAAAGUGUAUCGAAGACGUCCGAAUCGGCUCGAGGUUCUUCGCAAACUGGAAUCGAACGAGCCGACUUAAUAAACCAAAUGUUGGAACAAGGCGAAGAGUUCCUUCAAAAGGCAACAACUUCUACAGAAUUAAUUAAGAGUCUUAAAAAUUCCGGCGAAAACGGAGAUGCGGGGAUUUCAGGGAAUAUCGACGUAACGAGUAAAGAAACGACGGGAUCAUUGGAUAAAUUAAGGCCUAUAAAGGAAGAUACGAAAGUAGAAUCGGGCAACGUUAUCGAACAAGCGCAAUCACCGAUAAUUACGGCUGAGAAUGGCUCGACAGAUCAAAGUUCUGAAAACGUCUCGCCGGAAGCUCGUCCAGAAGGCAACGAGACGCAAGUAGCCACCGUGGAGGCACUGUUAUCUGCCGUGAAAUCGCUGCCAGAGCAAUUACUGGGCCCUUUCAUAUCGGCAAUGCAAAUGUUGUCGUCGAAGAAAUCGAGCAACGAGACCGAUCGAGCGAACGUUCUCGAAGUUGUAACAGAAGAUCAGAAUUCCACGUCUUUUCAAGCUUCCGGCGAAACUGAGUUUGGCAAGAAUGAAAAUGUACCUCUGGGAAGCGUCGAAAAUGCAGAGGAGCUUGUAUCGGAUGUAGCCGAAACUGUAACAACCGAAACGACCGCGACUGACAUCGAAAAGCUACAUGAUCUCGAAACGGUACGUAAAAACGAAAAAAGCGAUAAUAUUUCGCAUACUAGCGCAGGAGGAGCGACAAUGGAGGUGAAAUUUAACGGGAAUCGGGUCUCAGGAGACACGAUAACACUGUUGCAGAGUGGAGAGAAACCCGAAACAACGAUAACUAAAGUAAGUUCGCCAGAAGCCGCGAAUAAUAUUAACAGCGAUGAAAAGCUAGACAAGGUACCUAAUUCUGAGCAGUUAUCACAUCCAGUACACGAAAUCACCAGUGAUAGUUCAAAGAUAUCUUUGGUAGAAGUCGAUUCAUCUCAUCGUUAUCAUCUCGACGCGAAUCCGGAAAUUCAUACGUUGAACGAUCCACCUAUUCAUGAACGAUCAUCGUUAAAGGAAGCUAGCAACUCUUCCGUGGCCGGCAUCAAAGACCCUCGACCUAACAAUGCAUCUUUGAACAGGGAAUCACUCACAAGCGAUAGCUCGAUGAGACACAACGGGACCAUUGGCGCACAAUCAUUAUCGGACAAGAUAUCAUCCUCGGUCGUAUGUGACUCGAGAACGUGUGAAUCAUCCGACAUGCAAACGUCUAUCAUCGAGACUCGACCUAGCGAUAAUAACCGUGCGAAAUUAAUUGAUGGCAGUUUGAUGACUGACAAUAGAAGAUCUGAGGAUGUUAUGUCUGAUCGUAUAUCGCAUGAUAAUAAUCAUACUAAUUCGGUCGUGACCCAGGUAGCAGCAUCUUCUCAGUUAGUUAACUUUGAAAAUAAUUCUGUAGAUUACAAAGUUCCCGAAAAUUCUAAAAUUGAAUCGCAGAAAAUUUCUGAGGAUAAUCUUGUUAGAAAUUCUGAGUGUAAAAUUUUGGAAGAUUCGAAAAUUGCUGGAGAUGAAUUUUCUAAGGAAAGUGGAGUUGCUAUUCAAGAUUCUUCAAAAGAUUCUAGAACAGCUCAGGAAAUUUCUGCAGAUCCUAAGAGUGUUGUAACUUCCAAAGAUUCCAAGAUCGAUGAAAUUCCUAGUGAUCCUAAAUCCUCUGAAAUUUCGAUGGAUUCUGGUAUCGUUACACGUGAUGUAUCGGAAAAUAGAACCUUUACUCAAGAAAUUUUCGAAAAUUCUAAAAACAUUAUACCUAAUACUCCGAAAAAUCCUGCAUCUAUAAUCUUUGAAGUUUUAAAGGGUUUUAUAUCUACUUCAAAUGAAGUAUCUAAUGAUCCCAAAAUUCUUAUUCAAGAAACUUCUUCGGACUUGAAAAAAGAUCCUAAAGCUAGUUCGAAAAAAAUACCUAAUGAUUCCAAAAUUACCAUUCACGAAGUUCCAAAAAAUCCUAAAUCUAGUUCAGAUGAAACAUCUAUUGAAUCCAAAAUUCUUAUUCAAGAAUCUUCGAAAGACCUGAAAAUUGUUGACGAAACUUCUUCAAGUUCUAAUAUUAUUGUCGAUGAAGUUUUAGAAGAUUCUAAACUUAGUUCAUAUGAAAUAUCUACUGAUUCCAAGAUACCUACCCAAAAAGCUUCGAUAGAUACGAAAGCUGUUAUUGAAGAAGCAUUUUCAGAUCCCAAAAUUGCAAACCAUGAUUCCAAAUCUAGUUCAAAGGAAAUAUCCAAUAAUUCCAAAAUACUUAGUCAAAAAGCUUCGAAAGAUUUUAAAACAGUUGUUGAGAAAGCAUGCUCAGAUCCCAACAUUGCCAACCAUGAAGUUUCAGAAGAUGCUAAAUCUAAUUCAAAGGAAAUAUCCAAUAACUCCAAAAUACUUAGCCAAGAAGCUUCGAAAGAUUUGAAAACAAUUGUUGAGAAAGCAUGCUCAGAUCCCAACAUUGCUAACCAUGAAGUUUCAGAAGACUCUAAAUCUAAUUCAGAAGAAAUAUCCAAUAACUCCAAAACACUUAGCCAAAAAGUUUCAAAAGAUACGAAAGCUGUUAUCGAAGAAACAUCUUCAGAUCCCAAAAUCGCUAACCAUGAAUUUUCAGAAGAUUCUAAAUCUAAUUCAAAGGAAAUUUCUAAUGAUGCCAACAUUUCUAUUGAGGAAACGUUGAAAGAUUUAAAAAUUGUUGACGAGAUUUCUCAAAAUUUUAAUGUUGGUAUCCACGAAAUUUCGGAGGAUUUCGAAGCUAUUCCACGCGAUGUUCCCAAACGACCAUACACUAAUACUGCCAAAUCAACCCAAGACUCCAAGGUUCAAGAAAUUCCUAACAAACCAACAACAAUCGUACACGAAACUUCGAAAGCAGUUUUGCAUGUGUCUGAAAAAGUAGAGCAGUCUAUCGCUGUCGCAUGUCACAUUCCCCAGAGCAACGACAAAAUCGAUACUUCGCCAAUAACUUCAGCAAGUAAGUCUGUCGACUCUAAAGAAACUCGCGAGCAAAUUAAUAUUCAUUUAAAACCUGUCCAAGACGAUCACCCUCUAUCGGUAUCUCCUACAAAAAAUAACGAUGUAAUAAAAGACUCUUUGAUAGAGAUAAAAAAAGAUUCUUCGACGAUCGUGGAACGAAAUAAUUCAAACAAAUCGAUGGUAACAAUCGAUGCGAAUAACGCGUCAGAAAUAGAAAAGAAUGAUCAAGAGAUAUUUUCUGGCUCUAUUUCGAACAAGGUCGAGGCAAAUACAGCUUGCGAAGCAAUAGCGAAUAUCGAACCGGCAAUAGUAACUAUCUCGAGUGACCCUCGUAUUUCCGGUUCCUCGUUGACCUCGCAUUCUUUGGACACCGAAUCUGCCGUUAACAAGCUAAAUUUUACGGAUACUAACAACAUUCCUAAGAACCUCGUUGUUCCUAAUAACGAUAUGUCGUAUAAUGCAUCGAACUCGAACGAAGAAAGUCAAGUUGUCGAGCUAAAUCUGACCGAUACGAAUCUCGAAACUUACAUCGUUCCUAACGUGCUUGGAAACAUUAACGAAUUUUCCAGUUCGAUUCCCUGCAACGAUGAAAGUAUCACGAAGGAUUCGAACAAUAACGCGUCCCAUUUAUAUCCUCCAAGCUCAAGUGAAAUCGAAGGGAAUGAAAGGGAAGAAGAUAAGAAAGCAGAUGCUGCAUUAUUUAUUAAAGAUUCUGUAAAUAUAUUAAAAUUCGAAUUAAGCGUUAAUUCCAAUAAUAAAAAUCCAGAGACUGAGUGUUCGAUCAUCGAUAAUAUUAACGAUGUUCCUCCAGGAGUACCUGAAACUAUAGAGAUUAAAAUCAUGGAAUCUCCCAUGUUAGCGGUGAACGAUUGUGCGCCAAUAAAGGUUCUAGAAAGUCCAUCAGAGAACGAAGUAAAACCGAUUGAGACGGCGAAAUUGCAAACAGAAAGCGCGACCGAAGCACGCAAGAUCGUGACGAUUUCGGGAGAAAGCGCGGUAGACGUUGAAAAUAAUGAAGUAGAUGCAAAUGAACUUGAUAAGACGGUUACCUCGAGAGUUGCAGUCAAGGAGAGAUCCAAAUCUCCUGCCAAAAAGGUCGGCAGAAGGAGGUCUCCCGUGAAAGUCGUUAAAAAAUCUACCGGCAUACCGAGAAGGAAUUUUGGAAAAGUUAGCCCGAGAGGCGCAACGAUUGCAAAGGUGAAAGAUGUCGCGGCUGAAAUAACUCGAAGAUCGACUUCGUCGAACCAAAGGAGAAGUCCAGGAAAAACAAUCGCGAAAGUCGUAAAGAUCCUUCCAUCGAACAGUUCGAUAAAUAAAACAAAAUCAGCAACUAAUGCUAGACAGAAGCAAGUUUCAAAAGGUUCCAAAUCGACGGAGAAAAAAGUGAUUCUGGAAAGGAAAUCGACAAUCUUGAGUACGUUGUCCAAAGGUUGUGAACAAAUUAAAAAGUCAAUUAUGAAUGCACAGACUGACGAUAAAAAUAGUGGAAUGACGGCUAAAAAAUCUUCGAAAGGGAACGGCACGUUAAAACGUUCUUUCCUUUCGAGGAUUCCCGUAUUCACAGCGAGACGUCGAUUUCCACAAGCGCAAGAGACUCCAAAAAGUUCUCAGCAAUCUUUGAAAGCGGCAUCCGGUGACGAGUUAACUAGCACCUCGGCGAAACCAUCGAUUACCCAACAAACAGCGAGGAAAAGUAGUUCGUCCGGAAGUGCUUCGAAGAUCAGAGCAGAACGAAAAAUUGAGCCGGAUAAAGUCGGAAAUUUAAAUGACAAAAAGACGGUAAUCGUAAAAACUGCAAUCACUCGGACGAAGACUUGCGAAAGGAGCGAAAAAACGAAGUCAGCGAUGGCAUCGGAGAAAAAUGACGAGGAAAUAGACGUGACUGGGUCCAACGAAGAUCAAACGAUAUCUAAGAAAUUGGAUUUAAAUGAUACCACUUCCAGCGAAGAAUACGAGCUGGAGGAAGUUUCUGAUAAUGACUCUUCCACUUCCGACUUCGAGAGCGCAACGGAAUCUGAAAUAUCAGAAACGGGAAAGCAGCUUUCCGAUCGCACGUCGGACAGCAUCGAAGAACUAACCGAUGCUGAAAUCAUGCUACAGGAAACAAUCAACGCGAUAAAAGCAAAAAUAUCUGACUCUGAAUUCGAAGAUUCUGAAAAUGAAUACGUAACUGAUAAUGACAGCCAAGAAGAUUCUAAUUCCAGUGAAACUCACGUAAACGUGAAGGACUCUUCUUUCGAAGAAGAAGAAGAAGAAGAAGAGAUAGAAGAAGUGGAACAAAUAGAUAAUAAAGAACUAAACUAUAUUUCAUCUGAGGAGGACGAAACUUUGAGAGCUGAUAGCAUUGACGUAAAGGACCAUCGAAAGCAAAUGACAAAUACAGACAACAAUACCAAAGAGACAUUAAAAAAUACCACUUCUAAAACUCAUUCCACUAAAAAACCAAAAGAACAGUUAAUACCACUAAAGAACAGCACAGACGCAAUUAAAGAUAAGCCUGGUAAACUAAAGGGGAAACUUGAGAUGAACAAUAACUCUGGUAAAAACGGGCAGAAUAAGACAGAUCCUAAGACUGAGGUAGCGAAAGCGAGACGUACGAGCGACAAGCGAGUGAAAGCGAGUCGUAGAGCGAGCACAGGCUGUGAUAGAGGGGUAGAUCAGGGAGGAACAUCGAAGAAACGAUUCUCCUUGGUGGCCAGUUGUAUCCGUCGGUUCGAGGGCGAAGAAAAUACGGAACGGGAAUACGUGGAAAGUAGAAGCGGCAACUUGAAGACAGGGGGAUCUCCCAAAACGGAGAGGGAGAGAAUUGCUCGACGCCUCUUAGCUGAAGGAAAAGCGUCGAACUACGACGAGGCGGAAGUGGCCGCCAGUUUGCUGGCCUUGAAGUUUGGAGACGUCGAGGCUCUUCAUGCGGCUAAAGAGUGUUCCAGCGUAGAAUCGGCAUUGGCUUUCUUGCAACAAGAAUGCGAACUUUGUACAGGUCGCUUUGCGAUGAGUCAGAUAGUGUCCAUGCUGAAAUGCGUGCAUCGUUGCUGCAACGAGUGCGCGAAGAACUACUUCACCAUCCAAAUCAGCGACAGAAAUAUCACGGACGCAGUUUGUCCAUUUUGUAAGGAGCCAAACCUAAAAGACGCCAACGAAGACGAAGUGUUAGAAUAUUUCAGUAACCUGGACAUACAACUGAAAACACUUCUAGAUCCUCCGAUUCAUGAACUCUUCCAAAGAAAGCUGAGAGACAGAACAUUAAUGCAAGAUCCGAACUUUAAGUGGUGCAUUCAGUGUUCGAGCGGAUUUUACGCGGAUCCGGAUCAGAAGAGAUUAAUAUGUCCCGAUUGUCGAUCAGUCACGUGUGCGCUGUGUCGAAGACCGUGGGAGAAACAGCACGAAGGAAUUACGUGCGAGCAAUUUGCUGCUUGGAAAGACGAGAAUGACCCGGAUAAUCAAGCCGCUGGCUUAGCCAAGCACCUCGCGGAUAAUGGGAUAGAUUGUCCUAAAUGCAAAUUUCGCUACUCCUUGUCUAGGGGAGGUUGUAUGCAUUUCACAUGUAGCCAGUGCAAGUACGAAUUCUGCUGCGGUUGUGGAAAGGCAUUCAUGAUGGGAGCAAAAUGCUCGGUCAGUCAGUAUUGCGCGAAACUGGGCCUUCACGCGCACCAUCCACGAAACUGUCUGUUCUAUCUUCGAGAUAAGGAGCCCAUGCAGUUGCAACAGCUGUUAAGAGAUAAUGGAAUCGAGUACGACACAGAGGGUCCGGCUGGCGAGCGCAAGUGCAAAGUGCAAUUGCAGAAAGAAACUCCCACCGGUGUUGUAGAUGCGGUAUGCAAUUCAGAUGUCGUUGUGGGACACGCUGGCUUGUGCAGGAUCCACUAUAUCGAAUACCUAGUUCGAAAGAUCCGGGAGAUCCAACUGGAACCGCUUCCCUUGUUAAACGUAGACGAUCUCGAGACUUGCGUGAAACGUGCGGGGAUCAAAUUGCCCCCGAAUUGGCAGCACUACAUUGAGUACUUGGCGGGCCUGGUACUGAAGGGCAAGCUGGAUCCCGUGGCGAUCUUUGACUUGAACGAUGCCAAGCAAGAGCUGCGCCGUCGGGGAAAAGUUCCCCCUGCGAAGGACCAGGAAAUGUCCGAGCGGGAUUAUCUCGAGGCGUGCAUUCAGGUUGUACGGAAGGAGAUUCCGCUGGAGUGAUAAAUGGGUAAUAAUUAAUGAACAAUAUUAUGUGAGUUGCGCUUCUGAUACAUCAUGUAUAGUGUAUUUAUUUUAUCAUAUGGACAGUGAUGUAGAGAACAAUUAUUGACGAUUAAAGUAAACAAAGAUUGAAAA